GAAACAAAAGCAUACACACUAACAUAAGAUUCUCCUUCUUCAUCAUCCCUUGCUCCGAAAGCGAAGGGAGAAAAAUGUAAAAAGAAAAGAAAGAAAGACAGAAAGCAUGUUAUGGGAAGCAGAAGAGGAAGAAGGAAGAAGAAUCUCUGAAAAAGUUCCUGAGAGAAAAAUUUCAAGGGUUCUUCUUCCAUUUCCCCCUUAUCUUUUUGGGGUUCCCAUUAUACCCUUGAAUGUUCUCUAAAUUCUCCCUUUCAACCCUCUUAACCGUUACGUUACGCACAUCCCCAUAAAACCCAUAACAACCUUAACUGUUAACCGUAACCAAUUCCGUUACGAGAAAAUAAUAAUAAUAAUAAACAAAAAUCAAAUUAAUAUAUUUUACAAAAUGUUAUGCACUAAACUUCAAUCGUCUCAACGGAAGAAAAAACCCGGUUUUCCAGUUUACCUUAAUGUCUAUGAUCUUACGCCCAUUAACGGUUAUGCUUAUUGGCUUGGCCUUGGAGUUUACCAUUCUGGUGUUCAAGUUCAUGGUAUUGAAUAUGGAUUUGGAGCGCACGAACGAGACACGACGGGAAUCUUUGAAGUGGAGCCAAGGCACUGCCCUGGAUUCACUUUCAGGAAGUCGAUCUUCAUUGGAAACACAGACAUGGGACCAAAUGAUGUGAGGUGUUUGAUGGAGAAGCUAGCCCAAGAGUUUUCAGGGAACACCUAUCAUCUUAUCCAGAAAAACUGCAACCACUUUUGCCAAGAUCUUUCUCUCAAAUUAACAGGACGCUCCAUCCCUCGAUGGAUCAAUCGUCUUGCUCGAAUUGGUUUUCUCUGCAACUGUGUUCUGCCGCCAAGCCUAAACGACACAAGAAUCAAUCCGCAGGAAGAAAAGAAGAAAAUGAGAACUCAAUCCUGCAGGUUCGAGCCGGCUUUGUCCUCUCCUCCUUCGCUGUCUCGUGGCCAUAGACAUAGCCUUACUGCUCCUGGGUCUUUAGUCAACGAUUCGCAGAUGGCAACCGUUAAGGUAAAGUAAAAGACUUGAGACAGAACAGGAUUCACGCUCUGGAAAUUGUAGGCUAUUAGAAUUUUUAUGUGAGCAACCAAAUAUGGGAAAGGAAGCAAUUUUCUCUGUUUUCUCCCAUAUGUUCUGUUUUCCUGUAUAAAAAAAUGGCAUGGAAUGGUUGCUUCGUUAAUGUGCAUUUUAGAAAUGCUCAAUGCUUACAUUAAUUAUUCUUCUGAGUCUUGAUUAAUAGGGUUAAUGUGUGUACAUUGUUAGGAGGAUAAUGUACAUUUUGCUCAAGUGAAAAUAUAAUGCAAAAGAGAUGUAACAGAUUCAAAUAUCUCAACAUUGUGCUUUACUGGAUCAAAUUGGAGUUCCAAUGAAAGGUUAAAAGAACAACAA